UUUUUUUGCCAAAAAAUACAGUUAAAGGACCAAACAACAGCUCAUUUUUUUGGAAUUUGCUUUUCGAUCAUCUCAGCCUUCCAGAAGCAGCUAAAUAGGCAGCAAAACCUAUGUACUUUAAUUUUAGAAUUUAUGUAUUCUUUGUUGUUGUUGUUAUUAUUGUUUUUUUGACACACACAUUUCAUCAUCUGGCUUCUCAAAACUGAGUAGAAACAGUAAGUCGGAAAGCAACGAGGCUCCCAAAGAAGUCAAAUGCCUACUGCAGGAAACCACAGAAAAUGGCUGAUUGUGAGGGAAAACUAUGGUCUGUACAUCUAAUAGAAAGCAGACACAAGAAGCCAGAAAACAGAAUGCAAAGCCCUUGAUAAAGUAACAGCUUGCAUAUUGAGCCGCAUGUAAUAAUUUAUAUUCAUAAUGAUAAUUCAGUGAUUGAGAAAAUAAGGCCAUUUCCUUGUUGAAAAAUGUUGGCAUUUUAAAAGCAUUUUAGUCAAAAAUAACAAACAUUUCAUUUUGGUACUUUAAAGGAAUAAAGCCACAUUAAGGGACUGGGUAACUGCUUGGGUAACCCUUCUAAGGGGUUCAGAAAAACAACUCAUUUCUAUGGUACCAACCUAGAGGUUUCCACAGGUGUCUUAUGUAAGUGGCAAAUAGAAAUUGAUCCCUUUCCUGCUGAAGUAGACAGUGCCCUCAAGUGGAAUGAAAGCAAACACAUUACAUAAAAGAAGAGAAGAAAAAUAAGAGAGAACUACUUGGUGCUAGCUCUGCCCCCGCCCUCACUAAAUGUUGUACAGAUAUUUCGUGAUGUAGGUUUGAAGGGGCGCCAUACUAUUAGCUUGUCUCAGGCAAUGCCGUGCCUCAUUGGUCUCCUGGCUUGUAGAGGGACAGGCUUUUAAAAACGUUACCAUCAUGGAAUACCUCAUGACCUAACAGUGCUUUCUGAACGAAGUGUUACUCUGUGUAUGGAUUUGUCAGAUUGUUUAAACAUUAAGUUAAAUGAUUGAACUUGAAAUUUGGUUCUUUAGUUUUAGGAGUAUUUGUUUUUUAAUUCCAAGAAUAAAAUAGGUAAAUAUGAUAGUGCCAUCAAUUUCUGCUGUUACCUAGGAUACUGGAACUGGAUAUCUCAACCUCAAAGGAGAGUGAAAUAAGCGCUGUCUUUACUACUUGUUACUAAAUGCAAUACUGAUUGCUACAUUCUGUGACAGAGAACACACAGGAGUGAUUGUUUUCAGCAAAACGAUUAACAAAAGUCAAUUUGAAUGAAUAAAAUUGUGUAAUUUUUAACCAUCAAUUAAAGUAGGGAUGAGAAUAAGGCUUCUUUAAUUGUGAAUGAUAAUUAUCGUUGUAGAAACUUUAAAUGAAAAUUUAAAGCUGGGAAAGGAACCAUCUUUUGUGCAUUCCUUCUUAGUAUUCUUAGGAUACUUAAAUUUACAGUAUAAAAAUUUUUAUAUUUGAUGCUCCACCGCAGAUAUAUCUUUUGUUACAUAGUCUGAGUUUUGGUGGCUACAGAAUUGAUUUUUUUAGUUAUCUCUAAUAUAAUCAGAUUUAUAAUAUCUGGUAUUUGUGAUUGUGAGAAAUUAAAUGAUAGCUAUGAUUAAUCUGAUUCACAGUAUGCCCAUCAAAGGACAAAUUAUACAAGAUUAAGGAAAUGAAACUGAGUCAGAGAUAAAAUGUUCCAUUAUCAGACAUGGCACACAGAUAAAUGAAUUGUGGUUAAAGUUUCAGAAUGUGAUUUUAUGGUGUUUUUCUUGAUAAAAGAUGUUCAGUACUAUGUAUGAAGGGUGACUAUGUGUAUAGAAAAAAUAACCUUUUUUGAUUUAUAAGAUGUAUGUGUGUUUUGCUGAAAUAUAGCGGCUUAUCCAUUUAAGUUAGGCAGGAUUCAUUAAAAAUGCCGCUUUUAAAGUUUAAGAAUGUCAGAAUUUGUACAUAAGGUUAUCCUUUAUGAUUUUUACUAGGGUUUGAUUUCAUAGCUUUUAGUACCUUGAAACAAACAUUAUUGUAUUUUCUUUGAAGUUACUUCACAAAUUUCCUACUCAUUUCCUGCAUCCGUUCUUUAAAUCUACAAAAUUAUAAUAGCUAAAAGUAAUACAUGAAUAUGUCUUUUAACCCUUUUAAAUGUUUUUGGAACUAUUUAUAAUUUGUGUGUGUUUUUGCUAAUGGUAUGAGAUUUUUUAAAGUCUUUAAUCUGAGUUUUAGGUCAUGCAGGAUGAAGUCUAAAAUUGCUUUUUGCUUGUCCGCCAGGCAUUUUGGAUUUGCUGUCUUUUUGCAGCAUGGACACCAAAUUGCUACAGACAUGCUUUGGGACUGCCAGUGAAUUUAUCUUUUGCAGUUUUACCACAAGCUUACUGGUAGUUCCCUUUUUUUCUUGAGCCAGUAUUUUAAAGUUAAUAUCACAAUGAGUUCAAGCUUAUGGAGCCAAGAAAAAGUUACUUCACCCUACUGGGAAGAGAGGAUUUUUUAUUUGCUUCUUCAAGAAUGCAGUGUUACAGACAAACAAACGCAAAAGCUCCUUAAAGUCCCAAAGGGGAGUAUAGGACAGUAUAUCCAAGAUCGUUCUUUGGGGCAUUCAAGGAUUCCUUCUGCAAAAGGCAAGAAAAAUCAGAUUGGAUUAAAAAUUUUAGAGCAACCUCAUGCAGUUCUUUUUGUGGAUGAAAAGGAUGUUGUAGAAAUAAAUGAAAAAUUCACGGAGUUACUUUUGGCAAUUACCAACUGUGAGGAGAGAUUCAGCCUGUUUAAAAACAGAAACAGACUAAGUAAAGGCCUCCAAAUAGACGUGGGCUGCCCUGUGAAAGUACAGCUGAGAUCUGGGGAAGAAAAAUUUCCCGGAGUUGUGCGCUUCAGGGGACCCUUGUUAGCAGAGAGGACCGUGUCGGGAAUAUUCUUUGGAGUAGAAUUGCUGGAAGAAGGUCGUGGCCAAGGGUUCACUGAUGGAAUCUACCAAGGGAAGCAGCUUUUUCAGUGUGAGGAAGAUUGUGGAGUGUUUGUUGCCUUGGACAAGCUAGAAAUCAUAGAAGUUGAUGACACUGGUUUGGAAAGUGAUUAUGCAGGGCCAGUGGACACAAUGCAAGUUGAACUCCCCCCUUUGGAAAUAAACUCCAGAGUUUCUUUGAAGGUUGGAGAAACUUUAGAAUCUGGAACAGUUAUAUUCUGUGAUGUUUUGCCAGGAAAAGAAAGCUUAGGAUAUUUUGUUGGUGUGGACAUGGAUAAUCCUAUUGGCAACUGGGAUGGAAAAUUUAAUGGAAUACAGCUUUGUAGUUUUGCAAGUGUUGAAAGUACACUCCUUUUGCAUAUCAACGAUAUCAUCCCAGGCUCUACCUCAGACCCUGGAAAUAGAAACAGAUCUGAAUUAUUUUAUACCUUAAAUGGAUCUUCUGUUGAUUCACAGCCACAAUCCAAAUCAAAAAAUACAUGGUACAUUGAUGAAGUUGCUGAAGACCCUGCAAAAUCACUUACAGAGCUAUCUCCAGAGUUUGGACAUUCUUCACCACCACUGCAGCCUCCUCCCAUGAACUCGUUAUCUAAUGAGAACAGAUUUCACUCUUUACCGUUUAGUCUGACAAAGAUGCCCAAUACCAAUGGAAGUAUGGGCCAUAGUCCUCUUUCUCUGUCAGUUCAGUCUGUGAUGGGAGAGCUAAACAAUACGCCUGUCCAGGAAAGCCCACCCGUGGCCACAUCCUCUGGUAACUCUCAUGGUCUGGAAGUAGGCUCCCUGGCUGAAGUUAAAGAGAACCCUCCUUUCUAUGGGGUAAUCCGCUGGAUCGGUCAACCACCAGGACUCAAUGAAGUACUAGCUGGAUUAGAACUGGAAGAUGAAUGCGCCGGCUGCACAGACGGAACCUUUCGGGGCACUCGGUAUUUCACCUGUGCCCUGAAGAAGGCACUGUUUGUGAAACUCAAGAGCUGCAGGCCUGAUUCGAGAUUUGCAUCUCUACAGCCAGUCUCCAAUCAGAUCGAACGCUGUAACUCUUUAGCCUUUGGAGGCUACUUAAGUGAAGUAGUAGAAGAAAAUACUCCACCAAAAAUGGAAAAAGAAGGUUUAGAGAUAAUGAUUGGAAAGAAGAAAGGGAUCCAGGGUCAUUACAAUUCUUGUUACUUAGAUUCAACCUUGUUCUGCUUAUUUGCUUUUAGUUCUGUUCUGGACACUGUGUUACUUAGACCCAAAGAAAAGAAUGACGUAGAAUAUUACAGUGAAACUCAAGGACUACUGAGGACAGAAAUUGUUAAUCCUUUGAGAAUAUAUGGAUAUGUGUGUGCCACAAAAAUUAUGAAACUGAGGAAAAUACUUGAAAAAGUUGAGGCUGCAUCAGGAUUUACCUCUGAAGAAAAAGAUCCUGAAGAAUUCUUGAAUAUCCUGUUUCAUCAUAUUUUAAGGGUGGAGCCAUUGUUAAAAAUAAGAUCGGCAGGUCAAAAAGUACAAGAUUGUUACUUCUAUCAAAUUUUUAUGGAAAAAAAUGAGAAAGUUGGAGUUCCUACAAUUCAGCAGUUGCUAGAAUGGUCUUUUAUCAAUAGUAACCUGAAAUUUGCAGAGGCACCAUCAUGUCUGAUUAUUCAGAUGCCUCGAUUUGGAAAAGACUUUAAACUAUUUAAAAAAAUUUUUCCUUCUCUGGAAUUAAAUAUAACAGAUUUACUUGAGGACACCCCCAGGCAGUGCCGGAUAUGUGGCGGACUUGCAAUGUACGAAUGCAGAGAGUGUUAUGACGAUCCUGACAUCUCAGCCGGAAAGAUCAAGCAGUUCUGUAAGACCUGCAACACCCAGAUCCACCUUCAUCCCAAGAGGUUGAAUCAUAAGUACAACCCCGUGUCACUUCCCAAGGAUUUGCCUGACUGGGACUGGAGACACGGCUGCAUACCCUGCCAGAAGAUGGAGUUAUUCGCUGUGCUCUGCAUAGAGACCAGCCACUACGUUGCUUUUGUGAAGUAUGGGAAGGACGACUCGGCCUGGCUCUUCUUUGACAGCAUGGCUGAUCGGGAUGGUGGUCAGAAUGGCUUCAACAUUCCGCAGGUCACCCCAUGCCCUGAAGUAGGCGAGUACUUGAAAAUGUCUCUGGAAGAGCUGCAUUCCUUAGAUUCCAGAAGGAUCCAAGGAUGCGCGCGAAGACUUCUCUGCGAUGCGUACAUGUGCAUGUACCAGAGUCCAACCAUGAGUUUGUACAAGUAAACAGGUCACCCGGAGAGGCGGCGAGACGGAAUGCAGGAUUCCAACGUUGCAUUUGACUCAAGCUGGCAGUUUUGUUCAACGUCCAUUGCCGGCAAUGGAUGUCUUUGUGGUGAGAAUCCCUCCGAAAAGGAUUCCUGUGUUUAAAAAUAAAUUGCUUUUGUGUUACUGGAGUAUUUAAUAAGAAGCAUUUUGCACUCUAGAAAGUAUGUUUGUGUUGGUUUUUUAAGAAGUCUAAAUGAAGUUAUGAAUACCUGAAGCUUUAAGUUAAGUGCAUUGAUCAUAUGAUAUUUUUGGAAGCAUAAAAUUUUAAUUGUGACAGUUCCAAACCUCUUUUAGUCCACUGAGAAUGUAAAUAAAUGUGUCUUCUUUCUGGACCAAGGAUGUGAAAUCAUUUUUCCUUUGCAGCUAAUGGUGGCCUUGAGGAAGGAGCCGUUUGUGUGAUUAAGAGCCUGUUGCCUGUCCAGUUUUUAAAGCUGUGCUGAGUUUGACUCGUUAGCUCUAUCCUACCCAGCGCCGAUUCCUGCAUGUCUGCAAUCUGCUGAGUUUCUGUGUUUCUGCAAUAGUGGUCAGAAAAAGAUUUAAAACCCCUUAAUGGUGUGUUGUUUUCCACUUGUUCUGGUUUUGAGAUAAAUGAGUGAUUCUGUUACAAAAUGUCCUUUUUUUAUGUAAUUUUCCUGGAGGAUUAGGAUAGUCAGCAAUUGAAACUCUUCAUUCGUAGUCGUAACUGUCAGCCAACAGGUUUUUUUCAAGGCUCUCCAGCUGUUUUGUGGGACCGGACGCAACAAAUUGUAUACGAGGGUGGGCAUAGUAAGUGUAAUCCUAUAUUCUUACACAAAUAUAUGCUCCAGAAGACAAUACAUUUGGCAUAUGGAAGUACUCCUUGAAAUGCCCCUGAAAAGAUGUGUUGGAUAUCUGAACCUCUUCAAUAAGUCUGUGCAGAACUUCAGUGCGAUCAGUCAGCCAGUCCCCUGACUCAGUUCAGUUGAGUUUCACUGGAGAUAGUGACAGUUACGAAUCGUAUUUUGCUGAAAUGUUGUCAGCAGCCGCAUCCUCCUCCGGAUUAAAUAAGUAGAUAAAUGGGUGUUUUCUUGGCUGAUAUCCCUAGAGUGUGUACAGACCACAGUGGGUGUUGUAGACUAGAUCCCUGGAUUAUAGAUGUCUGUGCUGUGGAGUGUCUGUUCUAUGGGUGUUGUUUUGUAGUAUUGUUGUCUUCCUAGAGUGAAUUCCUAACCAUGCAGAAAGACAGAAAGUUGUCAUAUGUACCUAGCAUAUGACUUUAUAAAAUACUCAAUGUCAAAAAAAAGAAAAAUAGAAUCUUUACGAACCCUGCAAUUACUGUCUUUUCAAGGCCCCUUUUUUGGUUUCAUCAUUCCAUUUUGCUGAUAUUUAUUAGCUUUGUAAAGAGUAAGAAGGUACAAAAAAUUCUUUCAUCUUGUAAUUUUUUUCAUUUUUCAAAAGGAAAAGGGACAUAAGUUUUGCACGGGGUUUUGUACUGCAGAGGCCUUGGAAUGGCGCGGUGAGAUGAUACCAACCAGCUCGGGCUGCGGGCGCGGGGAGCAGCCCUGGGCUGCAGGGCGGGCCCUGCCUCCAUCAGCCCUGAGUAAAACGAGGGCCUGGGAUCCAGGAUGUCUAAGGCCGCUUCUAGUUCUGUCCAUCUGGAAUCCAGCCAUCACUUAAUAAACGUGUGUUGAUUAAAUCCAUGGAUGAACGAGCUUAUCAAUAAGAUUUUAAAAGUUCAUCUGGAGGCAUGAUUAGAAACCUACAUAUAGGUAAAAAUGGAUCUAACUACUUAAAAAAAAAGAAGAGAAUACAGUUCCUUUUGUGUAAACAUUUAAACGAAAUCAAAGCUGAGGAAAUCUGUCGUUGCAGCCUUUCCAUAGCAGAUUUAAAUAAAGAGGGGUUUGAUACACGCGUAGUCGCGCGCAGCGUGUGGAAGUACCUUCGCGUCUGAGGACCCUCAGCCGUAAAUUAUUUCUCACAUUUUCUUAGAUGGAGCUUUAUGUCCUUUUAGCAUUACUGGGGGAGGGAACACUUGGUAAAGGGUGCCCAGGGCCAUCUCCAGUGGUCCCAGCGAAGGCGGGGAGUCUUCCCUUGCUUCUGAACACCAUGAAGCCAGCCCGGAAGGCUGCUCCCCCCGCCGCCCCCAUUCUGGUCCCCUCCUUGUUCCGUGUUCCCUGUUCCUUGUUCCAGAAGAGCCUGGCUUGUCAACGAGGCGUGAUCAGACCUGGGCUGCGUGGUGGGGGUGGCCGAUGUUCCUGCUUAUUUAUUAUUUAACUUAAAAUUUUAAAAAAUAUUUUCCUGUUUGCUUUUUAAGUGUUUUGGUUAUCCUUUUUAUUUUGCCUCUUAUCAUAUGUACCAUCAAGAUGACAGUAUAAUAGAAACAUAACAUGGCCCAUGAUUCAUAGCUACAAAUAGAAAAAAUAACAUUUUCCCCUAACCUUCAAAUAAAUACACGUGUGCGUGUGUGCGCGCGUGCGGCUGUGUAUGUAUCUAUAUAUGUGGGAGAGAGAGGGAAAGAGAGAAAGAAAAAAGAGCAAAUGUGGCCAGUCCCUCACUGCCAGCUUUAUGAAGGAGUUUGACUCCAUCCACAAAAGAAUGUUUUGUAAAAGACUUUGGAAAAUCAAAAGAAAGGGUAACAAAAAUCAGUAUAAUCUAGUUGUUACAGUUGCUAAGAAUCAUUUCCUUAGAAUAAUUUAGGCUUUUUAUAAUUUAUAUUUGCCAAAUGUGAUCGGUAAAUGGUCAGGUUCCUCAAACCCCUUGGAUUCAUUUAUUUUUUUCAGAUAAUUCAGGAUCAAGGGGAAGACAUAGUAAUUAAUCUUAAUGGAACUUGUACUGUCACUGAAAUACCUGGCUGCUUGAACAUGGCCUCUUCAUAAAUUCAGGAGUCAUCACUCUCCUUGGCUGGCUCUCGAGAACCAGCUGGAUAAGUUUGCUUAUCUACUUGGAUGAUCGCAGCAGAGAUGUGAGUGUAGUAUCAGGCCUUGGCUUAGCGAUUGGCCGCCAACCGUGUUCAUUGACCUUGCGUCAGGGGCCUAGGAUUAUGUCAGAAGGAAUGAGAGACACCGUCUCUGCCCCCAAACAGUUUACCACCCAAUUUUAACAACAGAAUAGCUGUCGUUUCAUAUGAUUUUCUGUUAAUGAUUGCUCAGCUUAAGUGUAUGGGUGACGUGUUGGCGAAGGCUCUAGGAGGCAGUGUGCUGGAACAGAAAAAGCAGGGGAGGCCUGGGUUCUAGCCCUUUCUCUAUUGUUGGCUCUGAGCCUCACACAAAUAUCUUAACUUCUUUGGCCCUUAGUUUCCUCCUUUGUGUGAUGAGAGGGUUGGGCUAUUGAAUUUUUUACGGGGAAAAAAAUUUCUGGAUCCCAAGCCAUGCCUGCUAGAUCUGACUCUUCCUGAGUGGGACCUAGGAAAUUUGUUAGUGAAAAGCUCCAUUUUUACCAACCAGCCAGGUUACAGCCAGGUUUAAAAACCACCAGACUAGAAGAUCUCACGGAUCCCUUCUCAUUCUGUCAUUAUGUGAACAUGUAAGGUUAUUGUAUUAAUUAUGUCACUUAAAUGUGGGUAAUUGGACACUUACCAGAUUGCUUACGAAUGAAUUUGUAUAAGAAAUGCAUUUCAGUAUAUGUAUCUCAAACUGCUCUUUCUUAGAGGUUUUAGCAGUCUUUGGAAAACAAAUCAUUAAGAGGAUAUUUGUUGUUACUUAUCUGGACGGUUGCCCUCCAUUUUAUUUCUAUAGGGGAAAUUGAGCCUCUGGGAACCAAGGAAACAGAAAUACAAAAUCGUCAUGUAAAGCUAAAGAAAAAAACACAUUAUUUCUUACUAUCUGGUACUUUCCGAUGAAAAUUAAAAAAUUGUAUGAGAAGCUCCUUCUCUUGGUAUAAUAGCUCCUCUUGUCGUAAAGUCAGAUGUCUGUGUUAAAGUAGGUGGACCAGAAGGCUGCUACUUAAAAAUAAGACCACCUUCUCUAGGGAUCGGCAGUGUUAACAACACACCCACAAUUCUCAGUCAAUGAACAUAAUACAUAAAUUCCCAAAGGCAAGUGGGAGGUGGUAGCACAGAAAGAGAUGUUAAAGUGCAGAACGGGGUGGCGGAAGAAAGAAGGUGAACCCCUAAAGCAGGUGUGUGUGGGUCCAUGGGAAAGCAGGUUUCUAUGGUUAGGAAGGGAUUGUGCCAUUUGUCAGAGAUGAGGAGUUUAGAGAGUGAGGCUUCCUGCAGGGAGUUAGCUUUGUUCUUGUCUGUUCUCCCUUCAGAUGUUUUACUCGGGGAGACAGAGGGAGAGACUGACUUCUCAUCUUAUUCUAAGUCUUGGAGAAGCUGAAGGGUUUUUCUUGAGUCAGAAAGCAGUGGUAAAAUAUUAGUUAGCCACAGUGGCCAAGGAUAGUAAAAACCCGGGGGAGAAAGUCUGCCCCCCUCUCCUGGACCUAGUCAGUAUAGCACUGGUAGGUUACUCAGCAAAGCCCAUUGGAUUUCGGGGCGCGCUCUCCUGGCAGCGAUGACAUGUUUGUGUCCCCACGUUUGGAAUUCUUUAUUUCACCCGAGAGCUUGAAUAUUGUCGGGGGAAGGGCAGUGAGGAAGGAGUUAUCCUUCCAAACACCACAGAUUCAGAUAUAAUUUUCUUACACUUUUCAACACUGUACACUUUUGCUUUUUAUUUUUAUUUUUAAAGGGAUUAUGAUGGAGACUCAACUCUCGUUGGUUUUAUUUUAUAAAAUGGCCUAGUACUGUGGAAUUUUAACUCCAGAAAGUCUUAGCAUCAUGUCAUAAACAUUCAUUUUUUUUUCACAAUUCCAUUUGAAACUUGCGAGGGAAGUUGCAGUCAUUAGUAGGCUGAUGUGAAGGAGCACAUUCUGUACUGCACAACCCAUUUCUGGUGUCCUGUUCAGCAUUUUUUUUUUUUCCUGAAUAACAUCCUAUAUUUAUGAAAACUUUCUUUACACCACAUAAAAUAUCCCUUUACUAUCAGAUUGCUCUGAUUUAGCCUUAAUUUUGUUAAAUUUUUUAGAGAUGACUGAAGUGUGCUGCUGUGGAAAGAAAUGUAUUAUAUACUAUUUCUGUAUCAUUAAAAUCAAAUUUUUAUGGUUCCUUUCCCUUGAUUUCUUUUGGGGAGGGGUCUUGGGUUGUUAUGGGAGAACUGGAAUUGGCCUUGACAACUUGGGAAGCGGUUACUCUGGUGCCAGGAGAGAAGGUUCCUUUGGGAGAAUGAUGUACACAGGCAGACUUCUGUUUCCUUGUCAAACGUAAGCCAUUGUUACGAUCGUUUUGGGAAUGACCUCACGCUUACCCCGUUCUGGGGUCUGUAGCAGAGCUGCGGGUCACCUCCUGCCAUCGCGCUUCUGUAUGGUUUCGUGAGCCAGCUUGGCCUCUGCGUGCUCUGGUGGUAGCUAACGCUCAGCUCCACCAGUCUCGAAACCACUCCAGCCGGAAGUGGUUCCACCUGUGCUUCAUCUCGGCAAACAAGGGCACAAAGCUAUUUACCAUAGU